AUGGUGGCAAACACUUUCUGGUUUAGUGACACGACCAAUCUGUACAUCUCGCGUCUGGUCCAUGCUGGUCACCGCGUGACCUUGGCAUGUCGGCACUUCCAUGUGGUUGACAAAAUCGGCAGCACCCAUGGAAAUGUCGGAGGUCCCUUUGACCAAUAUGAACCCAUGCAACACUGGACUGGUCGAAGUCUUCCACUCAACGUCACAGGUAUCUUGGGGCCUUUGCCCAUCAAAGGGGCCAAGGUGGGAAGUCCCUCUUGGCUUGCUGGAAAGAUCACGUCAUAUGUGGCGAACUUGGUGGGUCUCAACGAGGUCGUGGACCUUCGAAAGUUCGAUACGAAAUUUCAGCACAAAGCCGGUGGACUUGUGACAGAUGGCAAGAUGGAUGUUCCUGGGGGUUUGGGCUAUUUAGUGAAGCAGUGGCCAGUGGACGAGUAUGUUCGCUUCUACAAGCAAGAAAAACAUCAGAAGCAGAUGCUGGAGGAGCGAGUUCUAUUGAACGACAUCUAUUUCUUCAUACAGCAGGGACUGGUGAAACUGUAUCAUCGUGAUGAAGUCCAACAUGUUUCUGGAAAGAAGUAUCGUCUGGGGGAGAAAGGCGACGAGGUGGAAUUUGACGAGGUGUUGACUUGCCAGGAGGCCAAACACAACACGCUGCAGAUGCAGAACUGCCCAAGUUACUGCUACACAGAUCACAUCUUUGGCAUUUGGAAGCAGAGCCAGCCGAAUCUCUAUUUCCUAGGAACCACUCGGCCAUACACCGGCGCAUUCGGAUGUAUUGCAGAAGUGAAUGCCAUGUUCUGCCAUAGGAUGCUCACUGAUGCAAAGUUUCAGCAAGAGGUCUCUGAUCAGUUUCCUGCUUACAUGCACCGGCAAAGAGUCACACACUAUGUUCAAGCCUCUGAACCAGACAAGCUACACGUUCAUUGGGCUGGCAUGCACAUCCUGCGUGUGUCGCAGGUCUUAGGAUGCGAGCUGACCCAAAAAGAGGCCACACGACAGGGACUGGAGAAGGAAUGGAUGACAGGCCCCAUCAAUGCACUUCGAUGUCGCAUCACGGGUCCCUAUGCCUCAGCUGAUGCUGCUGAAAGAUACAGGAAAUCCUGUGAAAAGCUCGGGACCAACUACAUGUACCUCAAUAUGAUCUAUCGAAUUUGGGGGGAUCGUUUGGUGGUGGCCAGCUGGCUCUUGACUCUUCUGCUCCAUGGUGGGAUGACAUGGCAGGGCAUGGGCCCAGUGGAACAAGCGGUGACCCUUGGGGCCAGCUAUUUCUUGGCCACCACAUCAACAGCCAUGAGCCAAAUUCGUGGUUACAUGCUGAUGUUGGCCUUUGACAGCCUCUAUCAUUCGCGUGCGUGGGUGAUGCUGUUGCUCAACGUUGUUCAACUUCUCUUCAGCAUAUUCUGCCUUGUGCAGGGAACGGCGUUUGGAGUGCCAUUGCUGGUCCGUUUGGGCGUUGUCACUGAUGGAGUGUUCUUUGUCCUGGGCUACUUGAGCUUUCCGCGAGCCUUUUUCGGAGACAUGCGCGCAAGGUCGCCUCACAAGCAGUGGCUGUUUGACACCUACUUGAAGCGGCCAAAGACCCAAUGA